AUGGAUUACAGUAGGCCAUGCGCCAACUGUCAAGACUUUGGUGCUACUUGCGAGUAUCUCCCACCAAAGUCAAUGAUACAUCGAGAACAACAGAAAUCUGUCCAGGCAGUUCAGGCGGUAGAAGAUCGAGUUGCCGAGCUCGAAUCUAUUCUUCGAAGGGAAGGUUUCGGCCCGCAUGGAGAGAAACGCAAGCAGCGAGCCGACGACGACGGCUGCUAUACACAGUCGCCUUCCGCCUUUGAGGCGCCACCAGGGAAACGAUGGCGGCCUUCCCCAGCACCUACGGAUGCAAGGUCCGAUGUGUCAUCGCCAUUACCAAAGAGAAUGGCAGUCACCACUGUUGUCGAGAUCCUGCGCGACCUCUCAAUAGAAGCAUCCGGAGGCUAUAUCGGGGCGUCUUCCCAGAUCACCAUGGGGCGAAUGAUUAGCUCGAUAGUCCAGGCGAGAGAGUACAAUGUCAACGGCUCCACGGAAAGGGGGUGGGAGCAUUUGAGCCCCAAAUCAGCAAACACUGCAUCCGCUUCGACGACUGCUGGGUUAGAGCUGUCACAAGUACCCCAUGAAAUUGCCGAAAAGCUACUUUAUGGUUAUGUCCGCCACAUAUCGACCCGAUGGCCAGUCAUACAGACCCCGUUCGUGCGCCUGCUGCAUACGGAGCGCCAUACUCUGUCCGACGCAUUCUUCACGAGUGUUUUGCAUUUGAUAUAUGCGAUAGGCGGCAGGUUUCUUGAGACCACUGGCGAGACGGGAGAUUUCUUUCCCGAGCAGCAUUACGACCAAGCUCUCAAGAGCCUUGACGAUAUUCUACGGCUUCAUGACAUACGAUCUGUGCAAUUCCUUCUUCUGCUCUCGAUAUUCAGCCUGCGCUCCCCAAGGGGUCCUGGGGCAUGGACAUACACGGGUCUGGCCAUGCGAACCUGUAUUCUUCCUUUGGACAUUGAUGAAUCUUGCGAAGAUAUGGAAGUACUCGAGAAAGCAGCGGCGGCUGCCACGGUUGAAACCCCAGACAGUCCCACACCUAAAUCAACAUCCAUGACAGGCUUCAUCUACAUCUGCAAAUUGCGCAAGUUGGAGUCGAAUAUCCAACAAUCCAUCUAUCGGGUCGACCAAUCCGCACCUGCUACGGAAGCUGAAGUCGAGCGUUUCAUUCAGCAGCUUGAAGACUGGAAAGCCAGCAUGCCCAUAGAUGCUGCAUCUACAAACCCCGAAGCCAUGAUAGUAGAUGGAUAUGACAAUUAUAUGGUUUACUACUACAAAUGUCUUCGCUUCCUUCUGCAUCCAGUCAUUCUGUCUGCAGAAUUGUCGGACAAGAAAUAUUUGAUCAAAUGCGCAGAAGCUUGUGGAGGAGUAUGCAGAACCUACAAGAAGCUCCAUCAGUCUGUUCCGGUUGGAUUCAGCGUAAUGGCUCUUCACUCGAUAUUCCUGGCUGGCCUGACACUUAUAUACUGCGCUUGGGCUGCACCAAAGGAGGUCUUCAGCAUCAGCACCAGCAACGACAUGAAUGCUUGUAGCAUUGUUUUAUACAUGCAAGUCAUCACGGAGCGAUGGCCAGGUGCAAGAAAGUAUCGAGACGUCUAUGAGUCAAUCAAGCAAAUGGUACUAGACUCAAUUGAAGAGGGCCAAUACGAACCUCGGCGGGCAAUCACCAAUCUCCGUCCAGGCCUGCAUGCGGCCCUCAGAGCAAUUGACCACCAUGACGAUGGCCAAGGAGAGUAUAGCGCUUCUUCCAUGGUGACUGAUAUGGCUGGAGGUUCGCUACCACCAGAUCCUGAAGCGCCACAGAUUUCAGCUUCGAAUUGCUCUGUCAACAUACCUGGCACACAGUCUCACUUUAACAUGAUGCUGCCUCUGGAGCUUCACGAGCCUGACGGAUUCACGGAUACACUAUUCGCAACACCUACUAGUGAUUGGAUGAUGGCAUAA